CUUCAGGGAGCGGAUUUCAAGUUGCCCCAUUAGGGGGCAACCUCCAACCUGGGCCAGCCCGCCCCCCCCCCCCGCCCCCCAGGCCACUGAGCGGUGAGCAAACAAGUCUCCAAAUUUUCCUUCGGGACUGAAGUUUACCCACCGCGAAUUCUCUUUCUCUUUCCUUUCUCUGGUCCAAACCAACAGCGCAGUCGGUGGCGAAGCAAAAAGCCACGUUCACGUUCCUGCACCGUAAUGACGGGCGAAUUGAAGGAGUAGCAUUUCCAAGCCCAGGGAGCCCUGGCUGCCCCGCACCCCCGGCGUCCCCUCCCCCUCCCCCAGCUGCCUGCAACGCCUUUGGGAAGAUGAAUAGCUUGGCUGAAGUUGUUUUUCCUUUCCGGUGGCCCUGAUCAGGUGUCCCCGCCCCCUCCUGCCGUUCGCCCUCCCUCGCAGCCUGCUCCCGACACCCCCCCGUCCCGGCCCGGCCCCUCCUCCCCCGCCCCCCUCCGGGCUGGACCGCGGAUGGUACGUUCCGCACGUGAGCUGGGUGCUGGUCUGGCCGGCGACGCGCGUGCCCUGUGGCCAAACACUGCCCGGAGUGAGAGCAAACUACCAGCGCAGUGGGGCCGGCGCGAGUGUGCGUGCGUGUGUGUGCGUGUGUGCGAGAGAGCGAGCGCGGUGGGAGGGGGGGGGGGAACCAACUGCUUCACACUUUCAACACUGCACUGAAGAAGGGAGAGAGAGAGAGACUGGAGACGCACAGAUCCCCCCAAGAUCUCCCAAAGCUAUCGUCCCACAGAUUAUAAAACAGAACCCCAAAAAUCGAAACAGAGGAAACGGACAGCGGUUGAACAUGGACGAAGGAAUUCCUCAUUUGCAAGAGAGACAGUUACUGGAACAUAGAGAUUUUAUAGGACUGGACUAUUCCUCUUUGUAUAUGUGUAAGCCCAAAAGGAGCAUGAAGCGAGACGAUAGCAAGGAUACCUACAAAUUACCGCACAGAUUAAUAGAAAAGAAAAGAAGAGAUCGAAUUAAUGAAUGCAUUGCUCAGCUGAAAGAUUUACUGCCUGAACAUCUGAAGUUGACAACUCUGGGGCAUCUGGAGAAAGCGGUAGUAUUGGAAUUAACUUUGAAACACUUAAAAGCUUUAACAGCCUUAACCGAGCAGCAGCAUCAGAAGAUAAUUGCUUUACAGAAUGGGGAGCGAUCUCUGAAAUCGCCCAUUCAGUCCGACUUGGAUGCGUUCCACUCCGGAUUUCAAACAUGCGCCAAAGAAGUCUUGCAAUACCUCUCCCGGUUUGAGAGCUGGACGCCCAGGGAGCAGCGGUGUGUCCAGCUGAUCAACCACUUGCACGCCGUGGCCACCCAGUUCUUGCCCACCCCUCAGCUGUUGACUCAACAGGUUCCUCUGAGCAAAGGCACUGGCGCGCCCUCGGCCGCCGCCCCCGCAGGGUCUGCGGCCGCCCCCUGCCUGGAGCGCGCCGGGCAGAAGCUUGAGCCCCUCGCCCACUGCGUCCCGGUCAUCCAGCGGACUCAGCCCAGCGCCGAGCUCGCCGCCGAGAACGACACGGACACCGACAGCGGCUACGGCGGCGAGGCCGAGGCUCGGCCGGACCGCGAGAAGGGCAAAGGCGCCGGGGCGAGCCGCGUCACUAUCAAGCAGGAGCCCCCCGGGGAGGACUCGCCGGCGCCCAAGAGGAUGAAGCUGGAUUCCCGCGGCGGCGGCGGCCUGGGGGGCGGCGCGGCGGCGGCGGCGGCCGCGCUCCUGGGGCCCGACCCGGCCGCCGCGGCAGCGCUGCUGAGACCCGACGCCGCCCUGCUCAGCUCGCUGGUGGCUUUCGGCGGAGGCGGGGGCGCGCCCUUCGCGCAGCCCGCGGCCGCCGCGGCCGCCGCGGCCCCCUUCUGCCUGCCCUUCUACUUCCUCUCGCCUUCGGCGGCCGCCGCCUACGUGCAGCCCUUCCUGGACAAGAGCGGCCUGGAGAAGUACCUGUAUCCGGCGGCGGCCGCCGCCCCGUUCCCACUACUGUACCCCGGCAUCCCCGCGCCGGCAGCCGCCGCCGCCGCCGCCGCUGCGGCCGCCGCCGCCGCCGCCUUCCCCUGCCUGUCCUCGGUGUUGUCGCCCCCUCCCGAGAAGGCCGGCGCCGCCGCCGCGACCCUCCUGCCGCACGAGGUGGCGCCCCCUGGGGCGCUGCACCCCCCGCACCCGCACGGCCGCACCCACCUGUCCUUCGCUGGCGCCCGUGAGCCCGGGAACCCGGAGAGCUCUGCUCAGGAAGAUCCCUCGCAGCCAGGAAAGGAGACCCCCUGAAUCCUCGCCCUCUUUCUUAGACAGGACGAGGGUUCACGCGGAAUAAUAAUAUUAAUAAGUUAAAACACCCUUAACGUUUUUAAGGGAGGAAGUGUAAUAGAUGCACGACAGGCUUUUAAAACAACAACAACAACACAGGUGUUUUGUGUACAUUUGGAGUUCCUGUUUUGCUCAUCCCUCACCACCCCACCCUCCGCACACUAACAUCCUUUUCUUCCCCCACCGGCUCUAAAAGAUCCUCUGCGGUAUUGAUACUUUAUUCUUUAAAGAAUUUCCCCCCAAAUAAGUUUUGCCUUCCUUUAGGCCAUGUUCCAUUGUUUUUUUAAAUACAGAACCUAAUUCUGGAGGAAGUGAGAAGGGUCUGCUGUGUGGGUGAGCUAAUUGAACCAGGGGAGGAGCAAGGUGGCCCAGGAGUUGACCUGAAAGGCAGGUAGGCAGUUGUUACCUGCCUGCCUCAUUUGUGUCCUGCCUGCUUCAGGAGGCUUUCCACAAACAGUGAGGACCUUUUAGAACUGAAUUGACUCUUCAGUAUUUUAUAAUGUUCAGCUUUUUAAAAGGUAUAUAUUUUUCAAAGAGGAAGAAGUGAGGAUGCAGUCACUUGCGUUGCAGCCUAUUCUGAAGUGGUUUGAAUGGUAUCCCUUAGUAACUUGCUCUUGUUUAAAGAGACACGGAGUUGGGCCAUUGUCAGAACUAAGUCAGGGAAGGAGAUGGAUGAGGAAGGCCGGAAUCAUUCUUGGUACAUUUACUAGCACUUUAUUGAGAAAUUGACCGUGAAUCAAUUGACUUGUCUUAAUUUCAUAUAUAUAUAUAUAUAUAUAUAUAUAUAUAUAUAUAUAUAUAUCUGUAUCUAUCUAUCUAUAGAUAUAUACAAACACAUAUGUGUAUAUAUAUAGAUAUAUAUAGAUAUAUAUAUUGCAUCUAUUCCCACCUUGUCAUUAUUUAAUCCACCAGGUUCCUAAGUUUUUAUAAUAUUGCUGUAAAAAAACAAAAAGGAAUGUGCACUGAACUUAAAAACAAAAAAGAAAACAAGUCCAAGAUGAUUUAUCCUAUAUUCUUUCUGUUAAAUAACAAAAGUGGAGAAAAGCAUUAAACUGGUCAGUUUUGAGUGGAAAUGCUGUAAAGAUGUGGAAUGAAGCCCUGUGUGGCCUUCCUAUCUCCAAGUCUAUGUAUUUUCUGGAGACCAAACCAGAUACCAGAUAAUCACAAAGAAAAGCUUUUUUUAAUAAGGCUUAAACCAAGACCUUGUCUAGAUAUUUUUAGUUUGUUGCCAAGGUAGCACUGUGAGAAAUCUCACUUGAAUGUUAUGUAAGGGGUGAGACACAACAGUCUGACUAUAAGUGAAGAAAAUAUCUGGGUCUUUUAGUCAGUUUGGUGCAUUUGCUGCUGCUGUUGCUACUGUUUGCCUCAAACGCUGUGUUUAAACAACGUUAAACUCUUAGCCUACAAGGUGGCUCUUAUGUACAUAGUUGUUAAUACAUCCAAUUAAUGAUGUCUGACAUGCUAUUUUUGUAGGGAGAAACUAUGUGCUAAUGAUAUUUUGAGUUAAAUAUCUUUUGGGGAGGAUUUGCUGAAAAGUUGCACUUUUGUUACAAUGCUUAUGCUUGGUACAAGCUUAUGCUGUCUUAAAUUAUUAAAAAAAAUAAAUACUGUCUGCAAGAAA